AUGUUUGAAGACUUCACCGCGUGGCACAUCCCACCCCUCUUUGUGGCCACCGUCACCACCUUCGGUGGAUUAAUACCCUUUUGGAACGCUGGAUACGCCAUCGAAGAAUUCGGCUUACCGAAACGUAUCGCGAUCUCAAAGGAAGCCCAAGCUGUCAUGAUCACUGGGUCGGGACGAACCACGGCACUUGGGCUUGUGCUCUUCACCUUCUACUCUCAGGGGAAAUUCCGCGAAGUCGAUACCAUCAUGGUCAUUUUAGCCUAUCUUGGCCUGGUUGAUGGAUAUGUGUGCUGGCGUGAAGGCGCCCCCGGCAAAGCUCUCUUCCGAGCCGCUUCUGGGAUGUUGAUUGCUGCAUGGGGCUGGUUUGGCAUGACGAGUUAA